CUCCGCCAUGGCGGCAGAUGCCGCACGCACGUUAGGAAGAUUUGACUUUAAGAAGUGACGUCAUUCCUUUCAUUAGCAUCAUUAUUUAUUGUUAAAUUCCGGUACUCUGUCGGUUGUUCUCACCAAGUAACGACGCUUGAUGACUGCAAAUAACGGUCUACCGGAAGGAGAGGGAGAGUUCUCCAGUCAGUGAGCGGAAGGGAAUUUACUGCUGGCUCCUCCGCCCUCGAAUCCUGCUGCAAUUUUGUGAAUUUCUAGUAAUUUUGAACUUGACAGGCCUCCAAGAUGUUCAAAUUUGCUGCUCAACGACUUUCCUCAACGAGCCUUCUCAACUGCUCAAAGGUGCACGCUCCCAAGCUCGCCUGCUCUGCUACUUGGUCUCACCUCGCGCCGCUGUCAGUUUCUGGGACUUCAAAAAACCCACAUUCUUACAAUGGAUUCCUUCAAACUUGUGGUGUACAGAACUUUGAAACUCGAAGCUUAAUUCAUUCAUCUUCUGUUAAUAACAAGCCAGAUGUUAUGGAUGAAUUUCAGAAACGAUACAAGCACAUGCUUUCGCAAGUCAGUUGGCAAGAAGUGAAAAAGUCACCCCAACCUGCCCUUGCAUAUGGAGCUGCUGGGUUAAUCCCUUUUGUGUUCCCACCUUUGGCUAUUCUUCUCAAUGGGGAAUUCCUACCAAAUCUUGGAUUUGUUCAGUUAGCUUAUGGAGCAAGCAUCUUAUCGUUUUUAGGUGGUGUAAAAUGGGGCUUUGCUGUUCCUGAGAACAGUCAGCAAAAACUAUCCUGGGAUAAUUUGGGCCAGAGUGUGUCUUUAUCCUUGGUGGCAUUUGGUAGUUUGAUAUUGCCUCCCUGGAUAGGCACGCUGACGCUUGUUGCGGGAAUGGGUGCUUCAGCCUACAUAGAUAUCACGUCUCCUGGAUACCCUCAGUGGUUUAAAGCCAUGAGACUUUGUCUGUCAGGUGUAGCCAUUGGCAGCCUUCUCUUUGGCUGGCUGUUGAGAAUUUUGCUUUAAAGAGUUUAAUAUUUGUUAUUCAUUCAUGAACACUUAAGUGAUUUACCUUAAACCUGUUAUUUAACUGUGAUCCGUUUUGGAAAUUAAGUUAGCAUUGAUUAACUCCUGUAGCAUUAAUGACAUAAACAUGAGAGCCUUUUUGAAAGAGGACUCUAGUUGUUUGUCGCAGGUAUUUUUGUAUGAUGUGUGACUGUGGUAGCAGAUUGCUAGUCUAAAUGUUGUAGCAUACUUGUUAAUGCACUAGCUCUACAUGUUCAGAAGUGUUGUUUAAUGUUUUUUUUAAUAAUGAAAAUACGUAUCUAUUCUGCA